UAGGGUAACGAGUGCUCUCUGAGCCUGUUGAUUCAAACCCGAAUACAUUCAGUCAGAAGGCUGGGUACUGGAAAGGAAGACCGUAUAAGGGGGGGGGGGGCUGGAGUGGCUGAGAGAAGAGGAUAUAAACACCCCUCAUUUAUGGCUGUUUAGUGCAAUUAUCCAUAACCCAGGGAUUGUGGAAGGGACCUCAUUUAAAAUCACUUGAAGUCGCCCAAGUUGUGUUCACUUUUGUGGGCGCAGACCAUGGAGAUGCGAAAGCGGACCACAAGGUGGAAAACGAAAAGGUGGAUUAUGGAUUCCACUGUAACCGCAUGCAUGACUUUAACCCUGGUUCUGCAGGCUACUCAUGUCAGAGCAGCUGAACCAGUGGACGUGCUUAAAGUAUUAGACUUUCACAAUUCCCCAGAAGGAGUUCGGAAAACAUCAGGAUUUUGCACAAACCGAAGAGCAUCUAAGCCAGACACAGCCUACAGAGUUGGAAAGCAAGCCCAGAUCAGUGCCCCCACCAAGCAGCUUUUCCCAGGAGGUGAGUUCCCUGAAGACUUCUCCAUCCUGACCACCCUCAGGCUCAAGGCCGGCCUCCAGUCCUUCCUGCUGUCUGUCUACAGUGAGCAGGGCGUGCAGCAACUGGGAGUGGAGGUGGGACGCUCACCUGUCUUCCUGUAUGAGGACCAGAGUGGUAGGCCCGCUCCUGAGGGCUACCCGCUGUUCCGCUCUCUCAACCUGGCCGACGGAAAGUGGCAUCGUGUGGCCAUCAGUGUGGAGAAGAAGACGGUCACCGUCAUCGUGGACUGUAAACAGAAGAUCACCAAACCCCUCCUCAGGGGUGACCGUGCCUCUGUCAACACCGACGGGAUCACCGUGUUCGGAACCAGGAUCCUUGACGAAGACGUCUUCCAGGGUGACAUCCAGCAGCUGCUGAUUGUGUCCGAUCCUACAGCAGCUUAUGACUACUGUGAACACUACAGCCCCGACUGUGAAACUCCCCACGGCCACUCCUUACAGGCCCAACAGCCUGAAGAUCAGUACACUACUACCGAUGACUUAGAUUAUAGUGAGUUUUAUGAUUAUUCUGAAGGAGAGACAGAGACUGCUCCAACAGACGAGUAUGAGGCGGGUAGUGACCCACAGCUAAACAAUGUAGACGGAGAAUACACUGACUAUACUGACAGUGAGCUUGACUACGGAACUGUAGAGGAUACUCAGUCUCCCAUUGCCACCGGAGGACCGAACCAGGACUCCCCCGCCGCCCCCGAGGCUGGCCUGGACAGUGUGGAUCCCGGAGUGGACGAGUAUGACUUUAAGGAGUAUGACCUAGGGGGCGAGUUGGACAAUAAGCAGUAUGAGUACGGGGUGUAUGAUGAGAAUGGCAAUGAGCUACCCAACCCCACUGGUACCGCCGAAGAAGAGGUGGGGCUGGGGGUUCCCGCGGAAACGGAGGAACUCGCCCAGACUGCCGUGGCUGGUGGUGGGGAGAAAGGCGAGAAGGGCGAACCCGCUGUGAUUGAACCUGGCAUGCUGAUUAAAGGCCCUCCUGGACCUGCAGGCCCAGCUGGUCUCCCGGGCCCCCUGGGUCUACAUGGACCCCCUGGUGUUGCUGGAGAUCCGGGUGACAGGGGUCCCGCAGGGCGGGCUGGUCUUGCAGGAGCCGACGGUUUGCCAGGUCCUCCUGGUACCAUGCUGGUGCUGCCAUUCCGUUUCGGAGGGGAUGGAGAGAAGGGUCCUGUGGUGUCUGCUCAAGAGGCACAAGCACAGGCUAUUCUCUCCCAGGCCAGACUCGCCAUGAGAGGUCCGUCAGGUCCAAUGGGUCUCACAGGGAGAUCUGGUCCAGUGGGAGUUCCUGGUUCUUCUGGACUUAAAGGUGAUGCCGGAGACCCUGGUCCUCAGGGCUCCAGGGGAGUCCAAGGGUCUGCGGGACAAAUUGGCAAAUCUGGUAAGAGGGGUCGUGGUGGAGCAGUUGGCGCCCGAGGAAUGCCUGGAGAGUCGGGGUCUAAGGGAGACGGAGGCUUCGAUGGCCUGCCCGGCCUACCUGGUGCCAAGGGACACAGGGGGGAGACCGGAUCAAUUGGACCUCCUGGAGCCCCUGGAGAGGACGGACAAAGAGGCGAGGAUGGAGAGAUCGGGCCAAGGGGAUUGGCUGGAGAGAGCGGUCCUAGAGGUGUGCUUGGGCCAAACGGUCCACCUGGGCCCACUGGACAGCCUGGUGUAGCUGGAGUGGACGGUCCUCACGGUCCCAAAGGAAACAUGGGACCUCAAGGAGAGCCGGGACCACCAGGACAGCAGGGGAUCCCAGGAACACAAGGACUUCCUGGUCCUCAAGGUCCCAUCGGACCACCCGGUGAAAGAGGGCCUCACGGCAGGUCGGGGUUGGCCGGUUUACCUGGAUCAGAUGGGCCUCCUGGCCAUCCUGGUAAAGAAGGUCCAGCUGGUGAGAAGGGAGCUUUAGGCCAGGCAGGUCCCCAAGGUCCUAUUGGUUAUCCCGGUCAUCGUGGUGUCAAGGGUGCCGAUGGCGUUCGUGGACUGAAGGGUGGAAAGGGAGAGAAGGGUGAGGACGGUUUCCCUGGUUUCAAGGGAGACAUGGGUCUCAAAGGUGACAGGGGUGAGCUUGGUAUGCUUGGGCCCCGUGGUGAGGAAGGACCCGAGGGUCCCAAGGGAAGAGCAGGCCCCAACGGAGAGUCUGGCUCCAUGGGGGGUGCUGGAGAGAAGGGAAAACUGGGUGUUCCAGGGUUACCCGGCUACCCAGGAAGACAAGGACCAAAGGGUUCCAGCGGCUUCCCAGGCUUCCCAGGGGCCAACGGAGAGAAAGGAGCCAGGGGAGUGGCGGGCAAAACCGGUCCAAGGGGACAAAGAGGUCCAACGGGACCACGAGGUGGUCGGGGUGCCAGAGGUUCAACAGGCAAGCCAGGCCCUAAGGGCACCGUGGGCAACGAUGGGCCACCUGGCCCGCCUGGCGAGAGAGGACCUCAAGGACCCCGGGGCCCCGUCGGUUUCUCAGGACCAAAGGGCCCCACAGGACCACCUGGAAAGGACGGGCUGCCUGGCCACCCUGGUCAGAGAGGAUCGACGGGAUUCCAAGGAAAGGCAGGUCCACCCGGCCCAGGGGGAGUUGUUGGUCCUCAGGGCCCCACAGGCGAGACCGGUCCAAUCGGUGAGAGAGGUCACCCUGGAUCCCCAGGACCACCUGGAGAGCAGGGUCUUCCUGGCUCUGCUGGCAAAGAGGGAGCCAAGGGAGACCCCGGGCCCCAGGGAGCCUCCGGUAAGGAUGGUCCGGCUGGUCUACGAGGAUUCCCAGGAGAGAGAGGUCUGCCCGGCGCGUCGGGUCCAGCUGGUUUGAAGGGAGGAGAAGGACCUCAGGGUCCAUCAGGCCCCGUGGGCUCCCCUGGUGAGAGAGGUGGUGCUGGAACUGCUGGCCCAAUCGGUCUGUCUGGUAGAACUGGCUCUCAGGGGCCCCCAGGGCCUGCUGGAGAGAAGGGAGGGCCUGGUGAGAAAGGUCCCCAGGGACCAUCUGGUCGUGACGGAGUCCAAGGCCCAGUGGGUCUGCCUGGCCCUGCCGGACCUCAGGGUCCACCCGGAGAGGACGGUGACAAGGGAGAGGUUGGAGAACCAGGUCAGAAGGGAAGCAAAGCAGACAAGGGGGAACAGGGUCCUCCCGGUCCAGCUGGUCUCCAGGGUACUAUCGGUGCUCCUGGACCUGCAGGAGGUGAUGGAGAGCCCGGUCCCAGGGGUCAGCAGGGGACGUUCGGACAGAAGGGAGACGAAGGAUCCAGAGGUUUCCCCGGGCCCCCUGGUCCCAUCGGUCUGCAGGGUCUUCCUGGACCUCCAGGCGAGAAGGGGGAGAAUGGUGACGUCGGUCCGAUGGGUCCUCCCGGUCCCCCUGGUCCCAGAGGUGCCCAGGGUCCUAGUGGAGCUGAUGGUGCACAAGGUCCUCCCGGUGGUGUGGGUGCUAUGGGAGGCGUGGGUGAGAAGGGUGAAAACGGUGAAACUGGCAACCCUGGAACCCCUGGAGAGCCCGGUACUGGAGGACCUGAAGGCGAGAGAGGAGACAAAGGAGAGGCAGGACCACCUGGAGCUUCCGGACCCGCAGGCGCCAAAGGACCCCCUGGAGAUGAUGGACCCAAGGGAAAUCCUGGUCCGGUUGGUUUCCCUGGAGAUCCUGGUCCACCGGGUGAAGCUGGUGUUGCUGGAACUGACGGUUCUGCAGGAGAGAAAGGAGAGGAUGGUGAAUCUGGUCAACCUGGUCCCCCUGGUCCAUCUGGUGAAUCUGGUCCGCCUGGUCCUCCCGGCAAAAGAGGCCCCCCAGGAUCUGCCGGUACAGAGGGUAGACAAGGAGAGAAGGGCACCAAGGGUGAGUCUGGAGCCGAGGGACCCCCAGGUAAAGCUGGCCCAGUCGGCCCCCAGGGGCCCUCGGGAAAGACCGGUCCAGAAGGUCUGCGUGGAAUCCCCGGCCCUGUUGGUGAACAAGGACUUCCUGGUUCUUCUGGACAAGACGGCCCACCUGGACCUAUGGGACCCCCUGGUCUCCCAGGUCUGAAGGGUGACCCCGGCACCAAGGGUGAAAAGGGUCAUCCAGGACUGAUCGGUCUGAUUGGACCCCCUGGCGAGCAGGGAGAGAAGGGAGACAGAGGCCUGCCUGGACCCCAGGGUUCUCACGGAGGCAAGGGCAACGGUGGUAUCAGUGGAGCUUCAGGUCCUCUCGGUUCCCCUGGUCCUCCUGGCCUGCCUGGCCCUGGAGGUCCUAAAGGAGCUAAGGGUUCAUCUGGUUCUGCUGGUCAGAAGGGAGACACCGGUACGAUCGGUUCACCUGGUCCUCCUGGUCCCUCUGGUGAGGUGAUCCAGCCACUGCCCAUCCAGUCGCCCAAGAAGAACCGCAGACACACAGACAUGCAGGCGGACACGGCGGGUACCGUGAUGGACUACGGAGAGGGCAUGGAGGACAUAUUUGGUUCGCUCAACAACCUCAAACAGGACAUGGAGAGGAUGAAGUACCCAAUGGGCACACAGAACAACCCAGCCAGGACCUGCAAAGACCUGCAGCUCGCCCACCCAGAGUUCACCAACGGCGAGUACUGGAUAGAUCCUAACCAGGGAUGUUCAGGAGACUCGUUCUCUGUCCACUGUAACUUCACGGCUGGAGGAGAGACCUGCAUCUACCCAGAUAAGAAGUUCAGUGGAGUCAGAAUAUCGUCAUGGCCCAAAGAACUUCCAGGGUCGUGGUUCAGUGAAUUUGAGCAUGGUGCAAUAUUUUCAUACGUUGACGCAGCCGGUAACACAAUAAGUGAAGUUCAGAUGACCUUCCUGAAACUACUGACGGCCUCUGCCAGGCAGAACUUCACCUAUAACUGCCACCAGUCUGUGGUGUGGCACGACGAGACCACCGACAGCUACGACAAGGCGCUGAGAUUCCUGGGAUCCAACGAUGAGGAGAUGUCCUACGACAGCAACCCUUACGUCAGGGCCCUCAUAGACGGAUGCGCGUCGAGGAAGGGCUACGGAAAGACUGUGAUGGAGAUUAAUACUCCCAAGGUCGAUCAGGUUCCCAUCAUUGAUGUCAUGUUGAAUGACUUUGGAGAUGCCAGCCAGAAGUUUGGAUUUGAAGUGGGUCCAGUCUGCUUCCUUGGCUAAC